GAACCGGGAAUCGUACAAAAAUACUUGAAUUAUUUCCUGAAUAACGAAUAUGGCAGGCAAAGGAACCGAUCGCAAGGGAAAGUCAAAGGACACAAAAUCUAUAGCCGAAACUGUUGAAUCGACUGCCAAUUUUGUUUUGCCCGAUACCUUGCCUAUCGAUGAGGUAGACUACCCGGUACUCAUCACUAGGAAGGUCACGGCUAACUGGAAAACUAUAUUGGAGGAGAGCCAGCAGUUUAAAAAUGAGAUUGAGGAGUACGAGCAACGGCAACAGGAGCCAGUUCUGAAGUCGCCGUUCAAAAAAACGGAAACUGAUUACAUAAAGAAUGAAGUUUUCAUUUGCCUCAUUCCGGCAAUAGAGGAAACACUUAUAAAAGCCAAGAUUUGGGAAGCCUUACAGAGAGAGAAAUGCUUCUUCAAUGGCAUAGACUGGAUAGUUCAGUACCUGUGGAACAACAACCCGCGUUAUCCUCAGCGUGCUAAUGACCCUCAACAUUUGUUUAACAUGGUUUGGGUGAGAAAGCAGUUGAAAUCUCGGCCCCGAGAGUACUACCCGAAGUCUUGGCUUUGGCCAGAGGACUACGCAGCCACAAUGAUCCAAAAGUCGGUCCGGCAGUACUUCGUACAGCGCGAGGAUGACGUGCAGGAGAUGAGAGACUUCUGGAGGAAACUGAAACUGGAGCGUACGCAAUACCCGGAGAUAGAUGUGAAUCCGUUGCUUGCUCGUAAAUUUGCCUCAACAAGGUCUCUUCCUAAGAUAUAAAUAAUUAUAGACUUCUCAUUAAAAAAUAUAAAUGA